AUGAGAGCAGCUUACCAUAAUUUAUUGCAUAACCAAUGUAAAAACAAGUGCAGUAAUAUAUAUGAUGAUAUAAGAGGAGCCUUCUUCAAAUGGGCUAAGGAUCUAUGGGACUAUGAAUAUAACUUUAGUACUUUGAAAGGGCACCCGGACUGUAGCGGAUAUACCUCUAAUCCUGAAUAUAUUAGGCAAUUAGAGGCAGCGAAGAAAGCAUAUUCAAAGUUAUGCGAAAAAUGUAAUGAUGAAGAUAGUGUUGAUAGUUAUUGUGUGAAUUAUAAAAGGAAACAUAAUAUAAAUAGGAGAAAGUGCACAGCUGAGGGGCCAACGGAAUUAAAAUGUAACAAAAUACUGGAACCGGUGGUCCAAGCACCUGUGGUAGUAGAGACGAUUGCAGUGCAACAUGAUCAGGGUCCUGGAAUUAAAGAACAGGCUUCGAAGCCUGAGGGAACUGAGGAAGAAACUUCAGAAGUAAAUGGGGAGAAAUAUCAAGACGGGAAAGGACUUGAAUUAAGUGCAAAAGAUUUACAGUCCCAUUCAGGAGAAGAACUUGGAGGUGUUAAAGAAUUCAAUACCAUGAAUAUGGAAGAAAAUAUACGUGCAGUAGAUGCACCAUCCCUCCCCGGUAGUACCAUUACUGCUUCUGCCGCUACACUAAUAGGAAUGUCACUUGUAACCUUCCUUUUAUACAAAGUAUAA